UUCCGAAAAGCAGCGAAAAGAAAAUCAAGACUAAAAUUGAAAACAUUGGUCACCUUUUGCCCCGAAUAAGAAAUAAUGAAAAGCAGAGUACACUGGCAAUAUUGGAACGAGCUGCUGAUUAUAUUACAGAAAUACAGGAUAAAAAUGACCAAUUGAUGUGUGAUAAUGGAGUGGAAGUUCAAACUGAAGAAAUUCAUUCUUUAAGGCAAGAAUUGGAUAAUAUUAAAUCUCAGCGGGAUCGUUUGACAGAUUUAAUAAAAACUGCUGGUAUCUCAUCUCUACUGAACUCCUCGUGGAAAGGUAGAAAGGUGGACAGCACUUCUAAUUCUUCAGACAGCAGACCUGAAUCAGCAGAUACAACCUCAAAUGUCCUGCAGGCAUCGUCGAAAAAAGAUAAAGACACAGAGGGCGCUACUAAAAGCUCAAAAUCCAAAAGACCUAACACAAUACAUUCUCAACUCGAAAGUAUAGCUAACAAAAAGCAGAUAGCCAAGUUGGCACAAGAAACCAUUACAAAAAUGAAUUCUGGAAGUAUUCUUAUGCCUAGCCUUAAUAAUUUUAAUGGCAUGCAAGCCACUAAUAUCUUACCUGCUGGAAUUAAUCAGCAGCAGAUAUUUGCAGCUGCUCCUAAUUUGUUAAAUACUUCUCUUUCAAAUGCCAUUCUUGCCUCGAAUGCACAAGGGCAAGUUAUUUUCAGCAAUGCAAAUUCUGCUGGUAGUUUUGUCAAUUUACAAGGAUCUUCUACACAGCCAAGUGUUGCCUUUGUUUCACCAUCUUCUAAUCUUCUUGCAAAUAAUUCCGAGAAAGGAAACAGUGAUGGCUCUGGACUGUUACAGAUUGCAAUGAGAGAUGCGGGUAUUACUUCAGUCACUCAGUCAUUUAUAACACCUCCCCAAUUGCCCCAGAUUACAUCUCAGGCACAACAAGCUAUGAUUAGCUCCAUAGCGAGUACAAAUGCUGAAACUAUGAUUUCUGCCGAUUCUUCGCAAGGACAGCAACCAACACCCCAGCAGACUCUAGCUUCAGUAGUUUCAAAUAACCAGUGUAUAAACACUGGUUUUAUGAACUCUUCGUUUUUCAGUGGAAAUAAUUGUUUCCAGCAGGGUUCGAACACAAUUACCAACACAACCCAAGCUAUAAAUACACAGGUACCAAUCAUGUCGAUUGGACAGUCAAAUUAUAACCAAAUUCUACAAAAUGGUAAUGCACUAAUUAACGUGCCAAUUAUGAAUGCUGCCAACCAGUCGUUACCUGUUGGUGGUGCUCUGCCAGGGAUUGGAGGGAUACAAGGUCUUCAAACAGGUCAAGGACAGAUCGUUUUGGUUAAUGACCAUAGUGGACUUUCUUUGAUGCCCAACUAUCAAAUGGUCGUUGACCCAACAACUUUAGCGCUAACAAACAACUCACGGCAGUUUUCUAAUGAUAAAGUUGCUACCCAGAAGCUGGGCCAUGCAGUGGACCAAACAAAGAUGGCACUGACUAAUGUGAUAAACAACACAGAGGUACUAAAUCAUGCAGCUACCCUCCCUGUUCAGAAUCAACAACAGGCAACACAGCAAGGCAUUACUCUUCAAAACACCAUCAAUGCUCAGGCAUUGGCUUCCAAUCAAGCUCCGGCAAUGCAGCAGCUAGCAUUUCAGCCUGCUCAGCAGACAAUAUCGCUAGGUGCCACAAAUUCUGUGAUUCAACAGGCACAAAUGAACAAUCAGUUGAGUGCUCAGCAGCAGCAAAUGCUGUCGGCUCCUUAUGCAAGUGCAAAUACUAACUUUUUAAAUCCCAAUCCAGGUCUUGUCUUGCCUGUUAGUCAAAAUGGAAACUUACUUACUCUGAAUACAGUUCCCAGUCAACCAAAUCAGUUACCAACAGCACUUAUUUUACCCAAUGGACACAUCAUUCCUGUGGUUACACAACCACAGGUCUUAUUACAGCAGCAACUACAACAACAACAAAUCCAGCAGCAAUUGUUAAAUGCUAAUUGUCAGCUCCAAGCCGCUGUCGCUGCUCAAACCCAAGCUAUACAUCCAUCACAAAUUCCUGCUAAACUAGCAGUUGUUGGAAAUUUGGGUAACAAUAACAUACCGAUUAUUGACUCUAAUUUGACUACUAUACUAAACCCUCCGAAUGUGCAGUGUCAGAAUCAGUCUGCCCUUGUUCAGAGUCAACAAAAGCCUCCAAUGGGUCUCCUCAUGACAACAACCAUAUCGAAUUUCCCAGUGUCUAAUGCUGCUACCACUGUGGCUUCCAUCAACAAUAAUAUGGUUACAACGUCGGCGACACAGAGUGUCAUGACAACUCAAGUGCAAGCUUCUCAAAUGCAUCGGCCAACAAGUGCUCCUGCAUUUGUGAAAAGGUCCGAAACGCAAACAUCUGAUUCAAAAGGUGUGGUGAUGUCCACCACAACAGGUUCGUUAAUGCAGUUUAGAACAUCGAAUACAUCCACACCUGACAACAGCAUACUUCUUGGGAACGUGUCUCAGACUAAUUUGCAGACAGCCGUGGGAACAGUGCCUUCGCAGACUGACUCUUCUGUAACUUCAUCUUUGCCAACAAAUCUUCAAAGUUCUUUACCUGUGAAUCAGUCAGGACAAACUAACGGACCAAACGGGACUAUUCUAAUUACAUUUGGUCCACCUGGUGGACAGCAGACGUGUUGUAUUUUAAACCCUAAUUCUAUGCAAGGACUUGGAAAUAUCUCAAAUCAGCAACCUUCUCUGCCAGCAAUUUCCACCAUUCCAACUACGAUAUCUUCAACUAAUCCUACAGUUUCAAGUAAGAAAAAUAACAAAAAAAAUUCUCAGAGAACAAUUGUACCCAAACCCCCUAAAGCCAAUCAAACAAAUCCAUUACCUUCCGUGUGUUCCAUGAAUAGUUCCAACUCAGUAAGUUCUACACAGGUUUCUGUGUCUUCAACUCUCUGGAACACCACUCCACUGAGCUCCGAUCAAGAGGCUUCUAGUACAACUAUGCAAAACGUAGUCAGCACAAACGAUAUUUGUGUGUCUACUACUGCUGAAUCAACAAUUAUACAAUCACCUUCAACUUCUAAUACUUCAGAAAAUACUGGUACCACAGAUAUUCUGGCAAAAGCUGCAGAGUCCAUAUUUUCUUCUUCUUUACAAGACAUAUCUCCUCCGAUAAGUAGUUUUUAUAAUCCGGCUAAUGAAGAUAAUCCUCUGCAUAUAGACACGAGUGCUGGAGAGACUGAAGAUGAUUGUAGUGCACAAUCGCCUUCGAAAGAAAGUUGUGAUAGCGAUCAUAUUCCAACAUCAAGCCGAAUAGAGAUGGAGGUUGAAACUCAGAGUACACAUUCUUUGGAUAAUGCAUGUAGUAACUUGACUGUGUCGUCUCCAUCUACAUCAACAUUUUUCAAAGAAUCAGAUAUAUGUGAGUCUAUUGGGGCAGUAAGCAAGCGCGGUAAUUUAAAAUCUAAGAUUAUUGAACCAGAAAAAGAGAAAAUGAAAAAAGAUUUCAAAAAAUUACCUGAUAGCAAAAAGCUAACAAAAAAGCCAGUUUCCAUAGCUAUAUCUGAAGCUAUUAAUUUCGCUUCAAACCAGUUUCCUGGUGUCCUCGAACAAGUUGAAUCAGUAAGUAUGGAGAAGAAAAAGCAAAAAGCUCUUAACAAAGAACUUGUCAAAAAAACUUUAAAAGUGCCUGUUAAAAAGCAAACUCCAUCAGUUGACAUUCCUGAUGAGAUUGUUUUUACGGAAAGUGAGAUAAGUGAUGUAUUAGACCAGGUGGAAAACUUAAGGAAUACCUGGGCCAAUGAAAACGAUCAAAAAAAGAACAAGAAGCGCAAAGGUAAAUCAAACUGCACUGACUUGGAUUCUGAUCAUUUGGUUAUGAACAAAAAGAAAAAGCCUCAGAUUAAAGAAUCCUUAAUUGAAGUUGAAGAAAUUAAAAUAAAUUCUUCCGUCUGUGAAAGUUCAAUGAAUGCAGAAGAGAAUCCUUCUGAAUUGCUCUCCCCAGAUUCUACUACAGUUACUAAAACAGUGUCAAAUUACACACCUUCUAGUACUGAUGAAUCUCCUUCUGGCUCUAAUGGAGAAAAUACAUGUGAAAAGAGUGUCAAUUAUGACCCCUAUGACAUAACUCUGGCUUUAGAGGAAUCAGAACCAAUCAAAUCAUUUAGAGCUAUUGAUUCUUCUAAAACUUUUUGCCAACCAAAUAGCUCUCAGGUUGUUGCAUCUUAUCCUGGAAAGAUGAUUGAAAAGACACAGUCGUCUCCAACAGAAAUGGCCUGUUCGACAUCUAUUCACUCACACAACCAGAGCAAUAGGCUUAGUAGCCGACUAUCUCCUACGAGUACUGGUGCUACCAGCAGUAACUGUAUAAGCAGUAAUAAUGGCAACAGCAAGAACAACCGCUCACGAUCAAAUUCUAUUAUUGAUCAGCAGAAGUCACUUCAGCUCGCCUGUAAUUCUCAACCUACGUCAAAUGAAGACAAUAUUUUGCCAAAAAAUACCUAUUCAAACAGGCAGUUAAAUGCUGGUUCUCAGAGUGUUUCUGUUGGCUCUAUGUCCUUACCUCGAUCCCAGCAACACUCUUACAGCAGGCAAUCUCAGCAUAUAGCACAACCUAGUUUAUCUCCUGUGUCUAUGCCUUCCCCAAUAUCAAAUAUAUCCACGGCUGUUGAACCGGAAACCAAUUCUUCGGUCAGCCAGAACGUUAUUAGCAAUUCAUCUGCUCAAAUUGCUUCCCCUUGCACUUCAGAACAAAAUAAUUACUCCUCACCAAAUUCUUUGAGGUAUUCUGCUGAAUCACUGUUUAACACUUCAACCAAAUUAAAUACAGCACCACCAAAAUCUCACCCACAGCCCCUCAACCAAACCCUAAUUCCUCAAGAUUCAAGCAAUAUUAUUUCUAAUAGCAUUGCAGGUGACGCAGUGUCAGUUGCAGGAACUCUUCCAUCAUCAAAGUCACGCAACUUAAGCAUUUAUUCUGCCGAGAAUUUUGUACAUUCAGGCAGAAAUGAUAAUUCCCGGGUUGACAAAACCAGUUAUUCUUCUGGAAGUGCUUUUUCUUCUAACAAUACUCACCAUAUUGCUACCAGCGAAAGUGACGCUUUAAACUUUGCCAACCUUGGUUUGACUUUGACUCCAACUGUUCCAUCUAAUACCUUCACAGACAGUUCAGUUUGUAAUUCGUCAACAUCAUUCACUUUUUCCUUACCAAACUCCAACAACACUAGUUUAUUUCCCUCCCAUCAUUUCCCUUUCCUGCAUUUGCAUUCACUAGUCACACCACAGCUUUUACAUGGCGAAAACAAUGAAAGCAGUAGCAACCAGCAAUCACAAACAUUUGGGCUACCAUCAUUUGGUCUGAAUAACCAGAAGAACAAUAAUGAAACAGAAUCAAAUAUUCCGCAUCAAAAUACUUCUAAUGAACAAAACAUUAUCUGUGGCUCAUCGUCAUCUUCCUCCACGGCAUCAAGUCAUUUACAAUCACACAAUACUUUCAAUUUUGGUUUGAGUAACUCUUUAGAAACGUGUUCAAUAUCCAGAAGCCAGCCUUAUACAGAUGGCUCCAAUAUAUCAUUAAACACAAUAAAUUUGGAAAAGUCUUCGUCGAACACCAUUUCACAGUCAAAUGAUGGCUCCAGAACUGUUUCAAACCAGAAACAUUUACCAAAUAUUUCACAGAGUAUUUCUUUGAGCAAUCGAAACCAACAAUCUAGUUUGAACUCUGUCGAUUGUUCUUCACAAAUCACGAGUAGUGUAUCAACUUAUUUCUCCCCUAUGAACUAUCAGUCUUUACAUACACCACCUCUGCAUCACCCCCCCGUAACUUCUAAUGAGAAUUCCCGAGCUAAUAUUAGUAGGUCUUUUAAUGCAAAUCUCCCUACGUCAAUAUCUAACUUUGGGUCAAGCACUCCUGUAUUUAAUAGUAGAUUUGACAGCAAUCAGUUAUUAUUUCACAGCCAAAGGGAUGCUGCUACUGUGUCACAAAAUGUAAAUAUUAAUCCAGAGAUUAGUAAAUCUACUUCUUCUCAACAGCAAAAUACAGUUAGCAAGGCUGCUAAGCAACAGGCUUCUCAGCAGACGUUGUCUCUGUCGCAGAGCCAACUGAGUCAGGGCAGCCUCUCCUCACAUCAGAGCACUCCUAGUUCUAUAUCCGAUAACAACGCUACAUUAACACUCCCCCAGUCUAAUCCUCCACCACAACCAUCACAUGCAUCACAACAGCAACAACAACAACAGCAACACCAACAACAACAGCAACACCAACCGCAACAACAACAACCACAGCAUCAACAGCAGCGCUCUACAAAACAAACUUCACGGACUAAACAGUCUCAGAGCAAAAAAAAUAAGCAGUCUUUAUCUGAAGUAGAUUCCAACCUGUCUCAAUCAAUUUUUGAUCAAAAUAUGGCCCUUUACUUUCCAAUUAACAACACAUCUCCCCCACCACCCCGUACCAUUCAAGGAGACACCCCAACAUUUCUUUCUAGUAAUCUGUUCACUUCUUCUACAAGACAAAUUCCAAAUACUUCUUCAACUGUUUUGAAAAGCAGUGAUAUCAGUACAUCUUUUAAUUCCAUAUUCCCACCUUCACGCUCUCAAAAUGGUAUUGGUUUAAACUUUCAAACAGGUUUCGGAAUGAACACUGUCCAUAAUGGUCCUACAAAUACCCCACAGAUUCCACCUCAUUCCAGUGCUAUGCCUAAUUUACCACACGUGCCCAGUCUUGGUCUGGGGAAUAUUUUUUCUGAUGUGAACAGUACAUCUCAGAAUGAAGCACUGAAUAUCUCUCCAAUCAAGUUCCCAACCAAUUCUAUUCUCCCUCCCCCUCAGGCUAGUAUCGACCCCAACUCACUACAACAUCAUCACCAGGGUGGUGCCCUCUACCAUAAUCGUAGUCAUCCACCACCGCCUCCUGUUAUUCACAACAUGAGUAUUAACAGUAUCUUAAGUCACAACCCUCAUGGCUUUGAACCAAGGGGUCCUGUGGCACAAGCUAUCAACAGUACGGUCACGCCCUCUGGUUUCCAUGGACCUAGUCAUUCUUCAUUUCCCAUACCACCACUAAAUUUUUCUAUACAUGAACACUGAAUUACCAACACCCCUACAACAUUACUGGUAGACCUGACUUGUCGACCAGGUUGUUUCUCAGUUUUAGAUAUUUAAAAAUACUAUUUAUCUUAUUUUUUUGUUUUGACCUGUUGCAUCUCGUGAAGCACAGAUUUUUCAAUAGUUCCUACCUAUUCAAUUAAUAUAUAUCUAAAUUAAUUUAUGGUUUUAAAUUCAUUUUCUAUUGUUUCUAUGAUUUUUAAUUAUUUCUAUUCAUCAGAACAUUCAUUGCUGACUAGUUACAAUAUAUUUUUCAUGUAUGUCAAAAUAUGUCCGUCCACUUAACAUAUAUUGUAGUUAAAGAAAAUGCCAAAAUGUU